AUGUGUGAAGUUCUAGAAGGAAGAGAGGAGCAUUCGAGGCAGAAAGGGCAGCCAGAAACAUUCUCAGAGAAUAGGGAGCAGUGUGGCAAGACCAGCAAAUUAGGGGUCUGGAAGGAUAUGGCACGAGGUCAUGGAACAUCCUUUAAUAUCGACUGCAAUGUCUGUUCUUGCUUUGCUGGCAAUUUGGUGUGUUCUACCCACCUGUGCAUCAGUGAGCACAGUUCAGAAGAUGACUGUCGCACCUUCACAGGUCUGCCCUGUAACUGUGCAGAGCAGUUUGUCCCCGUGUGUGGGCAGAACGGACGCACUUACCCCAGUGCCUGCAUUGCUCGCUGUGUGGGCCUCCAAGACCAUCAAUUUGAGUUUGGAUCAUGCAUCUCAAAGGAUCCUUGUAAUCCUAACCCCUGCCCCAAAAACCAAAGAUGCAUACCCAAACCACAAGUCUGCCUGACGACUGUUGAUAAAUUUGGAUGUAGCCAACAUGAGUGUUUGCCCAGACAGCUCACCUGUGACCAGGCCCGCGAUCCUGUGUGUGACACAAACCACCUGGAGCACAGCAACCUCUGCACUUUGUACCAGAGAGGGAAAAGCCUCUUGUACAAAGGCCCGUGCCAGCCCUUCUGCAGAGCCGCAGAGCCCGUCUGCGGGCACAAUGGGGAGACCUACAGCAGCGUGUGUGCCGCCUACUCGGACCGGGUGGCGGUCGAUUACCUCGGGCCCUGCCAGGCCGUCGGGGUCCUCUCAGUGUCCAGUUCUGUCUCCGAAUGUGCUGCGGUGAAGUGUCCCUCUCUCUCAGCGACUGAGUGCAAACCCGUCAUCCCACCCGGUGCUUGUUGCCCAUUAUGUGCCGGGAUGCUAAGAGUUUUAUUUGACAAAGAAAAGCUGGAUACUAUUGCUAAGGUAAAUUGCUUUCUAUGCCAGGUCCUCUUGAAACCGUAUUGAUAAACCUCUCAGUAAUCCUACAGAGUAGAAGAUGUUUUCUCAUUUUUAGAGGAAGAAACCUGUUUGCAGAG